AAUGAUAAGUUAACAAAAUUUCAAUUCAUAACUCUUAUUUUGUUCUAAUACUAUUCUGUCAUUUCUUGUGAAAUUGUUAGCUAUUUCAGCUUAUAAGUUAUUAAUUUAGUAAAAUUUGUAUAAUACUUUUGAUUAAUCAUGGCUAUGUUAACAUUGAGUGGGCUCUCAGAGGAUUCAAUGUUCAAAAGCAAGUGCGAACAAGAAGAAAAAGAAGCAUUUGAUACAUUUCAAAAUAAUAACACUGUAGAUCAAAUGAAUCUUUACACCAUACCGGGAAAUCCUGUUAAAAAUUUACAAAUUAUCACAGCUCGUGAUACUAUGGGUCGUCCAGUAAAACUAAACUUUCAUCAUGGUACUACUACACUCGGAUUCAUGUAUCAAGGAGGCAUUAUUUUAGCUGCAGAUUCACGAGCUACUGGAGGUCAAUAUAUUGGAUCACAAUGUAUGAAGAAAAUUAUUGAACUGAAUGAUUACAUGUUGGGAACAUUAGCUGGUGGAGCUGCCGAUUGUGUCUAUUGGGAUCGUGUUCUUUCUAAGCAAUGCAGAUUGCAUGAAUUAAGAAAUAAAGAGCGCAUUAGUGUUACAGCAGCUUCUAAAAUUAUGUCUAAUAUGAUUUACUAUUAUAAAGGAUAUGGGCUUUCAAUUGGAAUGAUGCUAGCUGGAUAUGAUAAAAAUGGUCCAUCAUUAUUUUAUGUUGAUAAUGAUGGUUCUAGAACACCAGGUAAAGUAUUUUCUGUUGGUUCAGGAUCAAUUUAUGCUUUUGGUGUACUUGAUUCUGGUUAUAAAUGGGAUUUAACUGAUGAUGAAGCUCAAAAGCUUGGUCAGAGAGCUAUUUUCCAUGCUACUCACAGAGAUGCUUACAGUGGUGGAAUUGUUCGAGUGUAUCAUAUUAAUAAAGAUGGAUGGAAACAUAUUAAAAAUGAAGACUGUGAUGAGAUAUAUGACAGAUUAAAAAAUGAACCAAAAUAAAUAUUAAGUAGUUUUUUCAUUUUUUUUUUUUUUUUAAACCUUAUAUUUCUUAUUUUAUAUAAUCAUAAUUUAAUGUGAAAUAAAUAAUAAUAAUAUGAAAUCUAUGCUAAUAAAUUUUGUUUAUUGUAAAA